CGCCCACUUUAGAUCUCGCUUGUCUUUUUCAGUGAGUGCUGGUAAAUCCAAUUCCAUCCCAGGCAAAUUAACUCCCUUGUUCUUUUUGAUAGGCCCGCCGUUCAAGGCUCUACAGACUACAAACUUUCCGUUGGGGUCAAUCUCUUCCACUUUCAAGGCAAUCAAUCCGUCGUCCAACAAGACCAACUUGUCAACCGAAACUGUGCUACAAAUCGAUUGGUAAUCAAUGUUGAUUUUUCGGUCUGUAUCGCCUUCUUCUGGAAUGGGUUCUCCGCUGACAUCUUCCACAGUUAAGAUGACCUUCGCAUCUACUUCGAUGUUGACAACAUCUUGGUCUCCUGGCAAGAUUCCCGUUCGGAUUUCUUGCAAAUCAUACACAAAAUGAGGAAAAUUCGAAAUCGAAUUGAAUCAGUCGCGCUCAUAUUCAGUUUGCACGAACAAGCUUCACGGAUGGCAGAUUUGUUCGUCAGUUUCUGCUAUGAGAAACAACAACACUCACCGGGACCCUUCGUAUCGACCAAAACAGCACGUAAGUUGUGCGGCAUGCCUCCUUUUCCUGGAGAUAUGGAUACGGAAUCAGUAUGGCCCUUGGUUUCUCGCACCAUUUUAAAAAGGGUUUCAGGGUAUGUAUAGUCAGCUCCUGCGUGGGAAAAAUUUAGCCGGGCAACGUGCAUGCCAUUCUUUAUCAGUUUCUGCAUUUGCUCUGGACUGUCUGUUGAUGGCCCAAUGGUACAAACAACUUUGGUCAUGGUUCCUGUCCUAGGUGCCUCCUUCAAGCGCAAGAGCUCAGGAAUCACGGGCUUGGAAUCGUCGGUAAACCGACGAGUUCCGACGGGUAUUUGAGCUGCUGGAAGCAGACGCUGCCAAGAGGUGCGCGACGCCAACGAGGCACAYGCUUUUCUAGAAAUGGAAGCCAACAUGGGCAUGUUGUGUACAGCAGCAAUUGGAUUCUCGCUCGUUCUGCUUUCAACGAAUGAGAAUAUCUGGAUAUAGCGAAUACUUCGAUACCCUUCGAUAUUACGUUCGAUACGAAUUAUUACAAGAAAAAAUACAGUACUUCAUUUUAUUUUCUUGCUUAUUUUUUGUUUAAUCUCGACAAUGGCUUCGUGACACGUAAACUCGUUUGAAAUUCUUUCAGUCUUCUAGAUGCUUUUAKGGAGAAUAUCUUGUGAUGACAUCACGUACUAGUACGUACUUACUCGUAUGUACUGUACCAAACAGGUUGAAAAGCAAGGAUGACUGGAAUCCGCAUUAUGACUCAUGGUACUCGCACUACUAGAAAAGUAAGUACGUACCCAUCGUUUGGCAGGUGUGCUGGGGGAAGAGUCAUACCACGGUGCCAUUACGAACCGUACUCGGACAUUUUAGCUUUUUUGAGAUCAACAUAAUCGACUCAUUGGACUGAUUUGGAUUGAAUAUGCUUCAUACUAAUGGGUAGGGUACGAUAGUAUUACUGUACGUAUUGUAUCUUGCUGGUACGAUUAGUGAUUAGUGAGACUAGAGACUACUACGUACGUUUGUACAGUACCAGGUACGGUACAUUACUUACGGUGGACGUGUUGCUGGGAAUAAUUCUCGUGCUCGUCAAGUCGUCCUUUUACCUUCUAGUCCAAUAAGCACAGUCUAGUACCGGUACAACGAUGACCAGUUCAUCGUUACUCGUGUUGUUUUUGUUUUUACGAAGUACAGUAAAGAACUGCAAGUUCGUAGUCUAGUAGGUACCAGUACUUCUAGUACCGGUAGAUCUGUAGCAAUCCUCGAUGAGACGAGUGUCGGGCAUCUAAUAUGUUCCAUGCGGUACCAACUUUGGCAAUGGCGAUCGACAACCGAUUACAGUAAGCACUCGAGUGAAAAAUUAACAGCAUAUCUCACUCGAAACCAUGCCUCGAUUAUUUCUGAAACGAAGCCAGGCGACGUCUGGCAGUGGAACAAAAUCGACUUCGACGGGAGGGUCAAGCAUCACGAACCCUUUUCGUCGGCGGCGAAACAAAAAGACCGACCGAUUUUUGCAGGAUCGCACCAAACCGGUUCAAGGAUCGGAGGCGGUCGCCGUAGAAUCCCAGCGAGUGAACGCGAAGACAUUUAAUUACCCCGAAGUUGGAUUCGAAACAUGGAUCGAAAAUUCCCUGCUGUACACAAUGAUCCGAGAAUCAAGCAUUUUUCCAGCGGAAACAGUGCUAACAGCAAUAGACGAAGAAGAGUAUUCGCAAUACUUUGUGCUAAACGAAAAGGAGGAGGUCAAAAUGGAACGAAGCAUACUUGAUGACUACGAUGAUGACGAUGAUGACGUCGACGAGAACGACCUAGAUGCCGAUCAAAAAGAACCAGAAGCUGCAAAAGUUUCCUAUGCUCAGCUUACCGCUUUGUUGGCAUUGGCCGGAGAAGAAUGGUCUUCCUCUUCCGAAGUUCCGCAACGGAUCUGUAAUGCGAUUAGCAAAGAAGUCAUAAAGUAUGCGAACAAACACAAUCUAGACCGUGAACAGGAACUAAAAGAGCUACUCGAUCCGCUGAUCGAUUAUGCCAAAGGACGGGGACGAAAACAGAUGUUUCAAAUGCUCCCAUGGUUUGCGGCACUGACCGUUUCCACGGUAAAUCCCCUUACUUUUUAUGCAACGUAUGUGUCAAUGCUGGCUGCAAAUUCGGAAAACUUGAACAAGGGCGACCGAGCAGACAAAAAUACUAUCGACAUGGCGCAAAUGGGAAACCGGCACGCCAAUGUUGAAAAGGCGAGUUUGUUGGAUGAAGACUAUUACGACGACGACGACGACGACGGCGAGUAGUAGUGGGGGCGCAGGUCUACGGAAGAAGUGGGGAGAAUGAAAGAUGCAGAGAGAUGCUUGAGCCGAGUAGAACGAAAGUGCACCAAGUAUUUGAAAAAUGUGAUGGAAUGCACAGAAUUCACUUUGUUCCAUAUUUCUCAUUUCCAACUUUCGAAGGGAGGAAAUCUAUCCUUCAUUUCUCCUUCUAUGUUUUAGCUCUGCAGUAUUCUUUGAUACAUUUUAUUUAAUUGCUUGAGCCAUCGCAACAAUCGACAAUGUCUCAGAACAGUAAUUGACAAACAAGCCAAGAUCUGCCUUUGUUCUACCUUUUUCUCCUGUGGGUAUACCAGUAACAUUACAGACAAAAUAUGACGUGACGCAAGAAGAUGGAAGUAUGAACAAAAGUCAUCUCAUCCAUUUACGACGGUAUUAUUUGCAGCAGAAGAUAAUGCUAGAGUCGUAGCUUUGAAAACUUCUACUAAUUCAUAAAUUGCUGUCGUGCAUCUCCGUCCGCAAUUAAUACAUUAUAUUCUUUGCUUUCUAGACAAAAGAAUAACCCCGAAAGCCUAAUACACCAUCUAUUUGCCA